AUGGCCAGCUGGGUGUUCUGUAAUGGCUGCUUCCAGCCGCCCGGCCGGGCCUCGCGCUUCAGCCUCACCAGCUGCGGCCACGUGUACUGCGAGGGCUGCCUGAGCAGAGGUAAAAAGGACGAAUGCUUGAUUUGUAAGCUUCCUUGUCAAACAGUUUUACUUUCGAAACAUACGGACCCAGGGAUCCAGGCACUGUUCGUGGGCAUAGACGGCCUGUGCAAGAAGUACUCCAAGGAGACCUCCCAGAUUUCAGAAUUUCAAGAGAAACACAGAAAGAGGCUGUUGGCCUUCUACAGAGAAAAGAUCAACAGGCUGGAGGAGUCCCUCAGGAAGGCCAUGCUGCGGGUGGAGCAGCUACAAAGCAUGAGGCCGUCCCAGCGCACAGCCUUCAGCGCGAUGCGGAGUCCGGUUUCUACAGAGCCCCGUGGACAACUCCCCAGGCCACCCGGCUCCUCCGCCUCCUCCGAGAGAGCAGAGCCCAUGGAGGUAGACCUCACGCCCUCCCCGCUGAGAAGGGUGAGUCGUCUGCCAGCCGGCCCCACCAGAGUGUCCCUGAUCAGUCCUCCCCAGGACGGACGCAUGGGCAGCAUCUCCCACCUCGGCCCUCAGCAGCUCAGCCUGACGCCAGGUCGCACCAGCGGGUCCCAGGCGCUCAGGAUCCCACCCGUGCUGAUGACCGGCUGGGGGUCGUCCCAAAGCCUCGGCCUCCAGGCGGCCGGCAGAGCGGGAGGAGGGGGCUCGGCCCCGGCACCCAGGCCGCCCAUCAGCAUCUCGGGGCUCCUGCAGAGGCAGCAGUCAGGGUCUGCCAGCCUCGGGGGCUUCCCACCAGGGAGGUGACGUCCUCCGCGCCCGCCACGCGCCCCCCACAGCUCGAGAGGCAGCGGGCGGGCGGUCCGUUCCUCAAGGCAGCGCCCCAGCAGUGCCACCAAAUAAAGCGUUGCCUCG